ACGGCACUCACGAUGCGGAGGCUGCAUGCGGGCGGCGCGGCGCGGCUGAGCGAGGACUGCUGCUUGUGAGCGUGUGCAGGAGCGCUGGGAGCUGCGGGGCCACCACGGGUUUGUGCUGCGUGUCUGUUGGCACCAUGAGCUCCGGCACCACCGCCCCAGUGAGGGUGGUCAGCAGCCUCGCCAACACCGACGUCAACUAUGUCAUCAAAGAGCACUAUAAUUACACGGGAAAGCUAAAUGAGAAUGCGGACAGUGGAAUAAAAGUGACGUCGGUGGUUUUUAUCAUCAUUUGCUGCUUUAUAAUCUUAGAGAACAUUUUUGUCUUGCUCACCAUCUGGAAAACCAAGAAAUUUCACAGACCGAUGUACUAUUUCAUUGGGAACCUGGCUCUUUCAGACUUGCUGGCUGGCGUGGCUUACACCGCCAACCUCCUGCUCUCCGGACACAAAACUUACAGCCUCACUCCUUCCCAGUGGUUCGUAAGGGAGGGCAGCAUGUUUGUCGCCUUGUCAGCUUCUGUGUUCAGCUUGUUGGCCAUCGCCAUUGAGAGAUACAUCACCAUGCUGAAAAUGAAGCUCCACAAUGGCAGCAACAGCUUCCGCUCUUUCCUUCUGAUCAGUGCCUGCUGGGUUAUCUCUGUGAUACUUGGAGGACUCCCGAUCAUGGGCUGGAACUGCAUCAGCCUCUUGUCAAACUGCUCCACAGUGCUGCCGCUCUACCACAAGCACUAUAUUCUCUUUUGCACCACAGUUUUCACAGGCCUGUUGCUAUCUAUUGUUGUCCUCUAUUGCAGGAUCUACUCCAUGGUGAGGACUAGGAGCCGUAGGCUGACAUUUCGAAAAAACAUUACCAAAGCUACCAGGAGCUCAGAAAAGUCACUAGCCUUGCUCAAGACAGUGAUCAUAGUCCUGAGUGCCUUCAUUGCUUGCUGGGCUCCCUUGUUCAUCCUGCUUUUACUGGAUGUGGGCUGUAGAGUGAAGACUUGCCCGAUCCUGUAUAAAGCAGAGUAUUUCUUAGUGCUGGCUGUGCUCAAUUCAGCCACGAACCCUAUCAUCUACACCUUAACUAACAAAGAAAUGCGAAGGGCUUUCAUCAAGAUUCUGUGCUGCUGCAAAUGUCCCCCCACAGACUCGGGGACUAAAUUCAAGAGGCCAAUCAUCGGAGGGAUGGAGUUCAGCCGGAGUAAGUCCGACAAUUCCUCCCACCCACAGAAGGAGGAAGGCGACCGUCCUGAAACCAUCAUGUCUUCAGGCAACGUUACCUCAUCUUCUUAAGGAGAGACCGUGGAGGUGUUUAGAGCCUUCCUCUGAAACUGGGAGCCGAGGCACCUCCUGCUCGCUGCAGCAGUGCUGGGCUGAGGAGCGAGUAGCAUUAGUUCUAACGAGGCCAAUGGUGCACUUGCGAGGCUGGAGUUCAAGAAAUGGGACACGCUGUUCUGGCUUGAAAAUCCAUUUCCCCGGAGCAUGUUUUGUCUUUGCACUGGGGCAGCUCAGGAUUGUCAGGCGCAUUCAUAUCCUGAGAUCUCCUUAGUAACUCUGAAAGACUGAUGCCUUGGGGAAGUGAUGCCUGGUGUGUGCAAGAGAAUGAGAGUCGGGGAAGAGGCAAAGGGAGAAUGAAUCUUUUUUUUUUUCUUUUUUUUUGCCCUGUGAGAAGAAUGUGAAGUUAUUUUUCCUUUACUUGCAGCAAACCACUGACACAAAGCUCUUUCUGUACUGGGUUUAGUGAUGGCUCGUAUAGUUGGUCAGAAGUGUUUGUUUAACACAUAACAAGGAAAGAGAUCAUGCAGGUAUAAUUUAUACCACGGGCAGCCAUAAUUUGACAUCACCUUCCAGAGCUUUUAGUUAAAUAAUAAGGUUUUAUUUGCAGAGUCCAAAGCUGUUGGAGUUUUAUUUAGCAAGAUCAUAGCUGUGAAUUUUUGUUGGUGGUCCAUAUUACAUUUGAAGACCAAGAGCAGGCUCUGUAAUUACACUCACUUAAACAGUUCCAUGACUGUAUCAGAUUUCAUGGAAUCACUCAGAGCAGCAUUUGGCCCCAUGCGUUGUUUGCCAUGUUGUUAUAUAGCAUUAAAUAAACUGCAUUAUUGUGACAAAAUGCGAGGUGGAACUGAAAGUCACCUCAUAGAGAUGACAGAGAGUAAAUCUACUAGAAUAAAAUACUGUUGGCAGCAGCAGGAUUUUUACUGAGGUAAAAAGAGCUAAAAACUGAAGACAAAGGUUAGUGUCAGGUGACAAAGGCAAAAAGUAAAGAUUGGUUUCAUCGCCUGAAAAGAAAGCCUUGAGUUUCAGAAACAUAAGAUUUCAAGUGAAAUGACUAUAGAUAAAUGCACUUCCAUAACAAAAUGCAACACAUUUUGGCACAUUUUAUUAAUGUUCGUAAUUGCAGGAAAUCUGUUUGUAUUCUAUCACUUCGUGGCUUCAUGGGAGAAGUGCCUGUCAUUAAAAUGAAUGUAUUUGUUUUACAGUAUCGUUUUGACUUCUCUGGUUUUCUAACCUGUGCUAAUGGGGUUGAAUGUGUACAAUGUAAAUAAGUUAAUGAGAUACAGGAGUGUUCGCACCUAGAGUAUUACUAUAACAAAAGUGGUAUAUCUGGGAUAGCUGAGAGCAACUGGCUGAUUGACAGUUACGGACAACUCCUAGAAGUGGUAUUUUGUAAAAAAAAAUAAAAUAAAAAUUAUUGCUUUUGUAGUAAAAUUUCCAGUGCAAUUAAAUUGUUUUUUGUUGUUUUUUUUCUGGUUUAAAAAAUAGUAUUUAAUAUGUUUCUGACUUCUGUUGUUCA